GAAUUUUCAUACAAAAUUGCAUCGAUUAAAGUGUUCCCACACCAUAAAAUGUGUAAAAUAUCUGUAAAAUACCUAGGAAACUCAAACAGAAAUUGUAGGUAGUAACUAUUGCAAGAAAAUAAACAUAGGAUUUGUUUCCUAAGUCUUUUAUGAAAACGAUUAUGAUAUAUUAGGUAUUUGUAAGGCCAAAAAGGUGUUGGCUCUUUAAAAACAUAAAAAUUGAGUAGAGAAGAUGACGAUAAGCAUGGUAAUGAUGAUGGUUUUGUUUUUGAUUAAAGCGGCAGGCAGCAAUGGUGAGGUGCCUGGGGACAAAGCAACAUGGUCGGUGAAGGCGGAGUGAUGAACGGAAGAUGGGACGGUUUCGUACCACCCGAAUGUCAGUCGAGCUCCAACAUCCUCCGCUUUGACGCCCAACAGAGAUGGGUGGUUGCUCAUGAACCACUACAUGUCGACAUCGAUGUGAAUAAAACUUGUGGGGUUGGCCCUGGCAUGGCCUUUGUCAACCGUCUAAUUUCCUUUGGCAAUUUUUCGAAAUCUGAUGUUGUCGGCUUGGUCCCGUGUGCAAUUGGCGGGACAAAGAUAAUUCAAUGGGGUAAAGGAAGUAACUUGUAUAAUCAGUUGGUAACACGGGCGAAAGCGGCUGUUCAAGGCGGUGGAAGAAUUCGAGGCGUAUUGUGGUACCAAGGGGAGAGUGAUACAACUAACAUUCAGGAUGCUAAUGCUUAUAGAGGAAGGAUGGAGACCUUAGUUGCCAACUUGCGUUCUGAUCUAGGAGAACCUUCUCUAUUAAUAAUACAGGUAGCAUUGACAUCAGGAGAAGGCAUGUAUGUGGAAACAGUAAGGGAAGCACAGCUUGGGAUUCAAUUGCCAAAUGUAAAAUGCGUGGACGCAAAGGGGCUACAAUUAAACCCAGAUAACUUGCACCUCACAACUAUGGCACAAGUCCAUCUUGGCCUCAUGUUGGCUCUUUCUUUUUUGGAUACUAGUGGUUGAGGGCCGCGUGCGGUAUGCUUAGGAAUAAUUAAUUUCAUAUCAAUUUUGUUUUAAUGCUCUAUAUAUAUUUGUACUAUUACUAAUGAUAUGUAGAGUGACGAGUUGUACCAACUUUGAUUUAAUUCUUAUUACACAAUAUAUGCUAUGACGUUUGUUAUGUUAUUAAUUUUUUUGGGAGAAAAAAAGGUGU